GACCACGAGACCCUCCUCUUCCUCCUGUCCCCCCUCCCCCGCUCCCGCUCCUCUCCCUCACUCCCCUCUCCCCCUCUCGGGGGCUUCAAGGGACGCGAGAACCCGAGGACGGCGCCCCGACCCUCAGCUCGGCUCAGCGCGGCCCAGCCCGGGACCCUCUCCUCGCUCCUUCCUUCCUUUCCCCCCCUUCCUUUCCCUUCCCCUCGGCCCCUUCUCUGCGCCCUCGAGCCGGCCGGUUUCAAACGGACCGCGCUGCGCCCGCUACCGGCCGCCAUCUCAGCCCCGCCUUCCUGUAAGGCACGCGCCCGCGGUCGAGCCCGCGCCCCUCGCCGUGCUAGUGCUCGAGCUUGCGCGCGGGUGACCCAGAGGAGGAGGAGCCUCGAGCCCGAGGAGGAAGAGAGAGCGAGAAGGAGAGAGGAUGUCUCUCUCGGACUGGCACCUUGCAGUGAAACUGGCUGACCAGCCACUGGCCCCAAAGUCCAUUCUCCGGUUGCCAGAGACAGAGCUAGGCGAAUAUUCCUUGGGUGCCUACAGUAUAUCAUUUUUGAAGCAGCUCAUUGCUGGCAAACUGCAGGAAUCAGUCCCAGAUCCGGAGCUGAUUGAUUUAAUCUACUGUGGUCGAAAGUUGAAGGAUGACCAGACCCUUGAUUUCUAUGGCAUUCAGCCUGGGUCUACGGUCCAUGUUCUGCGAAAGUCAUGGCCUGAGCCAGAUCAGAAAGCAGAGCCUGUGGACAAAGUGGCUGCCCAGAGGGAGUUCCGGGUUUUGCACACUGCCUUGCAUAGCAGCCCUGCCUACCGAGAUGCAGUCUUUAAGAUGCUGGGGAAUAAAGAAUCAUUGGAUCAGAUCAUUGUAGCCACCCCAGGCCUCAGCAAUGAUCCCAUUGCACUGGGGGUGCUUCAGGACAAAGAUCUCUUCUCUGUCUUUGCUGAUCCCAGCAUGCUGGAUACGCUGGUCCCUGCUCACCCUGCUUUAGUCAAUGCCAUCAUCCUGGUUCUGCACUCAGUGGCUGGCAGCACUCCACUCCCAGUGGCAGAAGGCUCCUCUCGAAACCUGCCUUCUAGUUCCUACAGGGACAUGCCAGGUGGCUUCUUGUUCGAAGGACUCUCUGAUGAAGAAGAUGACUUUCAUCCAAGCACAAGGUCUACACCAUCCAGCAGCACAUCGAGCUCACGCCCAGCAUCUCUGGGGUACAGUGGAGCAGCUGGCCCUCGGCCCAUCACACAGAGUGAGCUGGCCACAGCCCUGGCCCUGGCCAGCACUCCAGAGAGCAGCUCUCACACUCCUACCCCUGGGACCCAGGGCCACUCUUCAGGCACCUCUCCAAUGUCCACUAGUGUCCAGUCAGGUACUCCUAUUACUAAUGAUCUCUUCAGUCAGGCCCUCCAGCAUGCCCUGCAGGCCUCAGGUCAGCCAAACCUUCAGAGCCAGUGGCAGCCCCAGCUACAGCAACUUCGAGACAUGGGGAUCCAUGAUGAUGAGCUGAGCCUCCGUGCCCUCCAGGCAACUGGGGGGGACAUCCAGGCAGCCCUGGAACUCAUCUUUGCUGGAGGGGCUCCUUGACUCCUUUCAGAGGCAGCAUUGCAUGGGCCAGUUGGGAUGCUAUAAAGAUAAGAUGUCUGUAAAGGUCCCGGGACCAACUAUUUCCCCAAUACACUUUAUGUGGAAACUG